ACAAAGAAAUAAAAUAUAUUUGGGAUAAGAAAAUCCAAGAGACAGAGAGACUCAGCUCUGUUCCUCUUUCAAAUAAAACAACAAACCCUACAAAUCCCAAUCCAAUUGGAUCAAUUCUCCCCACUUCAAUCUUCCUUUUUAGAUAUUGAAGCCCAAAAUUUCACUUCCCCAAUCGAAUCUCCUCCCUCUCCGCGUUUCAAUUCGGUACAAUUAGCUCAGGAGCUGCCAUGGCCAAUGUGACUGCAGCAUGGUCUCCGAGCUCGCUACAGCUUCGGUGGGCUCUCAAUUGCAGUAAACCGUCGCCAAUUCUGGUGAGGAUGCGCCGGGUUCGAGUGCUCUGUGUUGCUCCGGACACAGGGAGGAGUGCUGGGAAUAAAGGACUGCAGCGCGGCCGCAAUGGGAGUUCGUGGGUCGAGUCCAAGCCGGGCACUGCCGAUGGCUUGUCCGGGUGGUCCGGUUCCGAUGAUGAAGACGACUCGCGGAAGAAGAAGAAAUGGUCCGGAGGGCUUGUGGGAGCUGGAGUAGCCGGAGUGAUUCUUGUUGCAGGGGUUACCUUCGCGGCAUUGUCUUCAGGAAAAAAAGCGAAUUCAAUACCUAAGCCGCAGAUGGAGCCGUUAACAACAGAGCAGGAGGUGCUAUUGGUGAAUGAUGAUGUCAAUGCAGAGGGUGUGGAUGAGCAGAGCAACACGAAGCAAGAUGGUGGUAGUCAGGAAGAAAAGGCAGGUACUAACAAGGACUAUUCUUCAUCUCGAGAAAUUGAUGAGUCUUCCAGUUUAUAUUCAGUUGGUAAUGAUUAUAAUCUAGGGGAGUUGUCAGCCGAAGAGUUUGAGUAUGCAUCCGCUGGUGGUUCUGAGGCCAUCAACAGCGCUUCCAUUCAAGAAGAUUUGCAACAUGAAUCAACUUCUGAUGACAAGUCAGUCGAGCCUGAAACGUUAACAAGGCAGUUUGAUCUGCCUGAAUCUGAUCAUGGCAAUGAUUCUUUUGUUGCCUCUGGGCUUGAGGAUUCUGAUAGUAGCCUCGCUGUAGGUACAGGAGAUUUGACUUCUGAACUUAAAGAGAACCCGGUUAGUGUCGAACCAAUCAAGUUGCCAGUCUCUGACGCUAUCAAUUCAAACCUUAGCAUUGAACCCCAGGAUGAAAUUCCUGGGGCAAGUGAAAAUCAAACUGCCACUUCUGAGUCUUCUACUGUUAUUGCACAUGAACACAAUGAAUCUAUAGCUGUGGAUGUUUCAGUUUCUUCGGAAUCAAACAUUCUUUUAGAACCUCAAGUAUUGUCUAAAGAUAACCUAGGAGUUGUAGCCUCGUCUUCAACCAAAGAAAACCUUGACCCAAGUGAAACAGUACUGGUCUUGGCUGAGGGAAAUAGUUCCUCCCUGGAAGUGCAUACCAUAACUGAAAGUGGGUCAUCUGCAACGUCUGUGUCAGAACAGGCCUAUCAAAAUGCAAAUGAACAAUACACAUAUUAUUCUAAUGGUACAAAUACAAGCAAAUCACAAUUACCAACUCCUCGGAAUUCCUUCUCUUCUGCUGGUAUACCUGCUCCAACUGUGGUUUCUGCAGCUGUACAGGUGCUUCCUGGAAAGGUUUUGGUACCUGCAGUUGUUGAUCAGGUUCAGGGGCAGGCAUUAGCAGCUCUACAAGUGUUGAAGGUCGUAGAGGCUGAUGUUCAACCUGGUGAUUUGUGUACACGUCGUGAAUAUGCUCGAUGGUUGGUAUCUGCAAGUAGCGCUCUUUCGAGGAACUCGGUAUCUAAAGUAUAUCCUGCAAUGUAUAUUGAGAAUAUUACUGAGCUUGCAUUUGAUGACGUUACACCUGAAGACCCUGAUUUCCCUUCCAUCCAAGGUUUGGCUGAAUCUGGACUUAUCUCAAGUAAGCUCUCAAGACGUGAUAUGGAUUCUUCGUUGGAUGAGGACGAGGGUCCGUUGUACUUCUCUCCUGAAAGCGCUCUAUCACGUCAAGAUCUUGUAAGCUGGAAGAUGACCCUAGAGAAAAGACAUCUUCCAGAAGCUGACAGGAAGGUGCUCCACCAAAUCUCAGGAUUCAUUGAUACUGAUAAGAUACACCCAGAUGCAUGUCCUGCACUUGUUGCUGACCUAUCUGGAGAACAGGGUAUUAUUGCUCUUGCAUUUGGUUACACUAGACUUUUUCAGCCAAAUAAGCCGGUAACAAAAGCCCAGGCUGCUAUUGCUCUUGCAACUGGUGAGUAUGCUGAUGUAGUUAGCGAGGAGCUUGCACGCAUUGAAGCAGAAGCUAUGGCAGAAAAGGCUGUUGAUGCACAUAAUGCUUUAGUAGCCCAAGUUGAAAAGGAUGUGAAUGCAAGUUUUGAGAAGGAUCUUUCCCUUGAGAGGGAAAAAAUUGAUGCUGUGGAGAGAAUGGCUGAAGAAGCAAAGCGGGAAUUGGAAAGGUUGAGGGCUGAGAGAGAGGCAGAUAAUAUUGCCCUGAUGAAGGAACGUGCAGCUGUUGAAUCAGAAAUGGAAGUUCUAGCAAGGUUGAGGCAUGAGGUGGAGGAGCAAUUAGAGAACCUAAUGAGUAACAAAGUAGAGAUAUCAUUUGAAAAGGAAAGAGUUAGCAAACUUAGGAAAGAUGCAGAAAAUGAAAGCCAGGAGAUUGCUCGUUUGCAGUAUGAUCUAGAGGUUGAACGGAAAGCCUUGUCCAUGGCCAGGGCUUGGGCUGAAGAUGAGGCAAAAAGAGCAAGAGAACAAGCUAAAUCGCUGGAGGAGGCUAGAGAUCGCUGGGAGAGGCAUGGCAUCAAAGUAGUUGUUGACAAUGACCUCCGUGAAGAGGCAUUGGGUGAAGCUACUUGGGUUGAUGCUGGCAAGUUGUCAGUUGAAGGAACUGUUAGCAGGGCCGAGAAUUUGAUGGACAAACUCAAGGCAAUGGCAGUGGAUAUAAAAGGAAGAAGCAGAGAUGUAAUUGAUAAAAUCAUUCAAAAAAUAGCCUUGUUUGUAUCAAGUUUGAGGGAAUGGGUUUCCAAAGCUGGAGAAAGGGCUGGAGAACUUAAAGACGCAGCCAUCUCAAAGGCCACCAGAUCAGCACAAGAGUUGCAGCAAAGCACCUUGGAGUACAGCUUGGUAGUCAAAGAAGGUGCUAAGCGCAUAGCGGAUGAUUGUAGGGAAGGAGUGGAGAAACUCACCCAAAGGUUCAAGACAUGAUCUCUCUCACUCCCAUUUUGUAUCAUUGUAGGGAAGGAGUGGAGAAACUCACCCAAAGGUUCAAUACAUGAUCUCUCUCACUCCCAUUUUGUCUAAUAAUUUUGCGGCCGUGAAGAUGGAAAGAGUUUCCAUCUUUCCUCUUCUCCCUUUGUUGUAUAAGUAGUGGCAAUUAUUUUGCCUGUACAAGGAUACCUUCAUACAUGAAGCAGAAGAGCAAAAGCAAUAAAUAUACUUGGAGAACGGCAUAAUUCAUCUGGCAAGGAAUGGCUAAAUUAAUUUUGAUCAUCA